AUGCGCCUCGCCACAACUUCUGUUCUUGCGGCUUUAAUUGCCACGUCUCAGGCAUAUAUACAAGCCAUCUCUGUGCCCGAGACUAUCAAGCCUGGAGAUACAGUCAACCUCAGGCUCAUUAGCGCAACCAAUAUGAUGACCGUCGAUGAUAUUGCUGUCGCCUUUGGAUAUGCCACAGGAAACGGCCACGCCGGUGCACUUGGAACCAAUCUUGGUUCGUUCUAUCUCGGGCCAAGUGAAUCCAACUUAGGGUCAACUGUUAUAACCAAGACCGUGACUUUCUCUUCCGACAUUCCUAAAGGCAACGGCGUUGUUUCGGCUGGUCUGUUUAGCUUAUUCGGUGCUGCCAAGUCUCCGGGCCUCACCAACUGGAACGUCACCAUCACUUUUGGUGAUACUACCUCAAGCACUUAUAAAAAUAGUAAUUAA